UAAUAAAGGUUCAGUGGCUAGCUGUAUAAAUAUGCCUUCUAGGGUUAGGGUUUCUCUCGGCACCAAAAAUAACCUAGCCCUCUUCCUCUUUCCUCUUCACAUCCUUCUCGUCUGAAAAUUUGAAUUUUCGUACUGUAAUUUCUUCAAAAGUGUCAGUAAUCUUCUGAUCAAAAGCGAUGAAAAAGCUUCAAGUUGUGCUGAAGAGGAACGACUCUUCAAGUUAUUCAGUGAAUUCGUCGCUUACUUCUAGGACUGUGAGAUAUGCAGAGUGUCAAAAAAAUCACGCAGCGAGUGUUGGAGGAUAUGCCGUCGACGGCUGCCGAGAAUUCAUGCCUUGUGGCGGGGAAGGAACCGAGGGUGCACUCACUUGCGCCGCCUGUGGUUGCCACCGGAGCUUCCACCGCAGGGAGGUACAAAAUGAAGUAGUCUGUGACUGUUCUUCUACAAAUAACUCAUAGAUUAAUUAUCAGUGUUCGAGUUUAUGUUUGUAUUUUUGUUCGUUUUCGUCUCUGUGUGUGAUGAUCAGGUACUGUGAUCAAAAUUAGGCCUUUGAAUUAUUUGUUUUGUUUGUUUAUGCAUAUUGAAUUGUUGUAUGAUUUUAAUACUAUGUUUGAUGAACAUCCUAUGAUGAUUUUGUAACGUUAAAAUGAUGUGCAGUUGGUUUUCGAUUCAUUAGAAAAUAUUAGUCUGUUCUUCGGCUUGCAUUC